CUCUCUCUCUGUCGGUUUUCCUGCCGGGCUGCUGCUGCUGCUGCUUUGCGCGCUGCGGGGCCACACUGCGACCGCACCGAGGAGGAAGAGGAGAAAGCCGCGGACCGAAGGGGGGCCAGCCUGAGCCAGAGCGGCGGAGAGGCGCGAUUUAAAACCAGAAGAAACCGCAGAGGAGGGAUUGAACGCGCCGUCACCGCGCGGAUAACAAGCAGCUCAGAGGAAGCAGCAGCAGAAGGCGGAGACGCGUCACACCGCGCUGUUCCUCCCUCCAUCUCUGUCUCCGCUGUUCAGGGGAGCUGAAGAAGAGGCGAAAAAACGAAGAGGAGGACAAACAGGAAAGGAAUCUUGUUGGGGGAUCUCGGAGCGCAAAACGACGAACGACGCGGUGUUGGAAACCUCCCCCCCUCCCCUCCCGGACCAGGGCCGAUUCUCCGUUUUCUAGCAGGUAGCUCGGCGCGGCGACACCAUGAAGGACCGUACGGCGGAACUGCGAAGUGCUAAGGACAGCGAUGAUGAUGAGGAGGUGGUGCAGGUCGACAGGGACCACUUCAUGGAUGAGUUCUUCGAACAGGUUGAGGAGAUUAGAGGCUGUAUAGAAAAGCUGUCGGAGGAUGUGGAGCAGGUCAAGAAGCAGCACAGCGCCAUCCUGGCUGCACCCAACCCUGACGAAAAGACCAAGCAGGAGUUGGAGGACCUCACAGCUGACAUCAAGAAGACAGCCAAUAAAGUUCGCUCAAAAUUAAAAGCAAUCGAGCAGAGCAUCGAGCAGGAGGAGGGUCUCAACAGAUCAUCAGCAGACCUCAGGAUCCGCAAGACACAGCACUCGACGCUGUCACGUAAGUUUGUGGAGGUGAUGACUGAGUACAACACCACGCAGUCCAAGUACCGCGACCGCUGCAAGGACCGCAUCCAGAGACAGCUGGAGAUCACUGGGAGAACCACCACCAACGAGGAACUAGAGGACAUGUUGGAGAGUGGCAAGCUGGCCAUCUUCACCGAUGAUAUCAAAAUGGACUCUCAGAUGACCAAGCAGGCUCUGAACGAGAUCGAGACCCGACACACCGAGAUCAUCAAGCUGGAAAACAGCAUCCGUGAACUGCACGACAUGUUCGUCGACAUGGCCAUGCUGGUCGAGAGCCAGGGAGAGAUGAUUGACAGAAUUGAGUACAACGUGGAACACUCCGUCGACUACGUGGAGCGAGCCGUAUCCGACACCAAGAAGGCCGUCAAAUACCAGAGCCAGGCCCGCAAGAAGAAGAUCAUGAUUAUCAUCUGCUGCGUCAUCCUGGGCGUGGUCCUGGCGUCAACCAUCGGCGGCACGCUGGGCUUCUAAGACGCUCUGCCAUCUGCCGCUGUGACGACCGACACCGACCGACCGUCCGACCGCCAGCAGAGAAAAGAAACACCAACGACAACAACAAUACAAAAACUUGAAACACAAAUGCAAGACAGAUAACCAAUCAGCUAGGAAGAGAUAACAGUCCAAUCACAAAUAAGAGGAAACACCGUGGGGUUGGGUGGGGUUCAAAAAACAAAGACAAAAAAAACACAAUAAAAAUGCCAUCACAUUAUAGCUGACUUAAAUACAUAAGGUAUACAAAAAGAGGGUACAAAUAAACCUACUAUUUAUUACAGAUGUACAUGUAAAUGUAUUGAACAUAUGAAGCAACACAUGGGUUAACUACCUGUAAAAAAUUAUGACCUAUAAUAUGACAUUUACUUGUUUGUUUGUUUGUUUUGCCUUUUUUCUUAUUUUUUAAAACUUUUUUUCGUUUUUCGGGAGUCUCCGAGGACAGUGAUGGUGACUGCUGCUGGGUGGGAGUCCUGCGGGAAGAGCAUUCCAGAGCCAACCUUUAUUUGGUUGUUAGCUUCUUACAUUGAUUUCCUGGUAGAUGUUCUGGAACUGAGCACGUUCUCGAACGUCACAGAACAAGUAAAUGCGCUCGACUUCCCAGUCGCGUGUCGUCCUACUAGAGGACGUUCAACUCCGAGAUCUGAAAAUACAACAUUCCGGAGCUCCGGAACUCUGCGCUGCAUUGUGGAACGGAAGGUUCCGGAAUGCAGACAGGAACAGACUGAGGUUCCGGAAUGCUGUCAGUAAUGCUGGAAUGUUCCGGAAUGCGGUCCCGCAGGACCAGCACCCUCUGGCUUUGGUAGAACCAACUUUGUCCCUGUGUUUCUGGGAGGGAGGGCCUGACCUCGCUGUUGGCUCAGCCGCCUCUUUAGACCACCUCUCAUUGGUUGCUCACUCCUGUCAUUCACCUCAGUCAGCCUAUUAAAUUAGCUUAGACUGGCAAAGCCCGACCUGCCACACGCCAUUUAAAAAACGACAAGGAGACAGCGUGACACGCUGCCCACCGAACUGUUUUUCACAGCCAGCCGAUUGGUUGGGAAACGCUGUGUGUGUCUGUCACACCUAUCCAACCAAAGAGCAGGGGCAGGGAGGGCCUCUGGUUUUCCUGCUAAAUUUGAUUGGCCAGCGGCAGAAAACGUGACGUUUGACUGACAGGUGAACGGUGGGAAGGGAGGGAGGUAGGAGGAGGAGGGUUUAAAGGUGGACGGGAGGAGACGGACAGUCAAUCUAUGCAGUUUAGAUAAGAGGAAGACGACUUGUCCCGCCUCCCCCACCCGAGAUAGCCAAUGAGGAUUGGGGGUUCACGUUACCACACCAAAAGGCUCAUCACACUGAUCGCUGUAGAAUAUCAUAGUUAAGGCCGGGUGUCAUCUCCAAGCUGUCACGACUGCUCUUCCGGAAGAUUCUAAAAAAUGAAGAGAACACAUUAAAAAGUAAAGAAGAAAAAUGUACUAAAACAUAACAAUAUAAAACUAACAAACAAGCUAGACAACAAACGAGAUGGAGAGAAAAUGUAGAAAAAUCUGAAGAUGCUGGCGUGCCCUGGUUACCUGAGUGUCGUGCUAAUAUCGUUGCUUUUCUGUUUUUUAAUGGGGAACGUUUGUUGCUUCGUUGUUCCGUGGUGCUGCUGUUUUAGUGCGUGCGUGACGUGUCUCGUGACGUAUCGGCCUGACAUCAUUUAGCAGUUACUGUUUAGUCUGUAUGGUUUGAUGCAUUUGCCUGUUUCCUCCCUGCAUCCCUCCAUCUCCUGCCUGAGUGUGUGUUUGGGGAUUGUGAUAUUUAAUUCACACCAUUUAAAUGCCUGAGUUGCACAGGUGCUACUGAACAGGAGAGGCUUUUCCUAUUGGUGGAUUUUCUCCGUGGAAGGUGGAACAUGUGACACACACACACAUUUACAUACAUUCCCAACACAGCACAUGCAUGCACACCUCAUAUAUGCAUUUAACGUUUCACACACUGGAAAUUCCCCCUUAACAUACACACUUUUAACUUUCCCGCGUUACACAUCAUGCCAGUGCUAGUGUUAGACUGGGUCACUUAGCAUGCUAUACAGUUAGCUCGUGUUACGUGUAGAUCGUGUAGAAGCUCCUUGUUGGAGACUGAUCACAAGCUUUAUGCUGUUUUUUUAAAUGUUAGACACUUUCCGUGUGUCCAGACCACUGUUGGAGAAAAGAAUGAAACUUAAGAAAUAAGACGGGAAGUGUGAAAGUUCAUUCUUGACUUUGGAAAUUGCAGUUUGACAAAAUAAUUUUAAGACAAGUUCACUUACUAGCUUUUUCCAGAGUUCCAGUUUAACUGCAUCUCACGUCAUCAACGGUUGGACUUGCUCAGUAAGCUUACUUUGCAAAUUUAAUCUGCCGAUGAUGGUUGACAGUUUUUGAAAGGACUAGUAAGCUAGUAGCUAUUAGAUUUUUUUGUCAAACUAGUUCAACUUUAACAAGCAUUUUGCGUUUCCAUUGGCCCCUUUUACAAACGUGUAGCAAUAUACAGAAAGUAAAUAACACCCAAUUUGUCAUCAAGUGUUGUUUUAAAAUGUAUUCACUGUAUAUCGGAUUGCGUUAGAAUUAGCAGUUAGCGGUAUGUCUGCGCUAAAAGACGGGACUUUCACUCUACCCCUUUUUUACACAAAUGAAGCAAUGACAGAAAUUAACAUGCUAACUUGAAAUAAGCUAGUCCUAACUGAGUACAAACAAAGUUAUUAGUUAUCGCAGUAAUCUGAGUAAUGUGUUAACCUCAACACUGCUCCAGAUUGGGACAACAUACAUGUGCGUUACAUUUUAAGACUAUAUAUGUUGUACCAGCAUGUUUUGUUUCGUUACUGUUAAUGUGGCUCGUGUUGAGACGUAACACAGUUGUGUGUGUUGCCCAAACUGGACACACGGGUGUCUUGAAAAUGACUUGACAGUAUUGUGUCUCUGGCUUUCGAUUGGGGGGGUUUAAGGAGGAAGGUUUGUCUGUGUACAGGCUCUGUGAUAUGGAGGUAGUCUGCCUCUGUUGAGGCCUACGCUGGACAAUCCUGCACCGUCACAUCACAAUCACGGUCAGGGUAACAACAACCACAAAUACUACCUUAAACUCCACAAAAUCAGUCUACACUACACUUGGUGUCAAAGCAAUAAAAUCAGUUUGUUAUAGUUAAGUUUCAUUUGACAGAAAAGGUGUUAGCUAGCUCACUGUGUCUAGAUUCUACCCACAAUUUAGAGGCUGUAGAGUUGCAAAUGGGACAGAGCUGUUUUGGGCAUCCGGGGUUUUCUCAAGUAAAAGUCCUUUCAUUCAUUUUGUGUUAGGUGACAGUUGGAACACUUAAGGGCUUGGAUGGACAUGAAACUCUCUUGACUGAAUCAUCAACUCAAAAGAUGAACAACUGUGCUAGAAAAUAUCUGGUUCUUUGAUAAAAAGUCAAAGCCACUUUGCAACUCUAUUGCUCUCUGGCAAGAAGCUAACCUGAUGUGUUGUCUGACAGGCAAACGAUCGAAGCCACAGCGUGACUAACGAUUUUUGUCCAACACAAGAUCACGUUAGCUUCUUUGUCGUGUCUAACGAUACUUCUGGCUGCCAGGGCGAUAGACAUGAGGAAGUAGUCAUUGCUUUGUUGAUAUGCGUGUUUUCUUGGGAGUCAUAGUAGUUAGCGCCGUUAGUUGUAGUCCGUGAUGCUGUGUAGUUGUUAGAUGAAAUAAAGGGCGAGGAUUUUUAGCUUCAGGUUUGGAGAAGAGUGGAGGUGGGAGUUUUUAUUUUAUUCUUUGAAUUCCCAAAACCAAAACUUAACUUCUGUGUUCACCAAAGCUUAGCAAACACCCCCAAUCCCUCCAAGCAGCAAAAUCCAAUAGAUGUUUGUUCAAAUGAAUUGUCAGUAGAUUUAGAAUAAGUUUGCACUUUUCUCUGCUGUUGUGUUGUCAGCGUUCAUGGCUACAUUCUGUCUUUAGGUGGUUUAGUGGUUUUGCUGUUUUUAGACUGUAGUACAAACACUGAAUCUGUCCACAAAUAGAUUAAAUGUAAUGUUUGACCCUGUAAAUCAAACCCAAGUAAGCUUGUUUUAACUACAUUUCCCAGGUGUCUCUGGACUCUUCUAGAGCUCUGCUUCAUUUUGUACAUUUCAGACAUGCAUUGAGGGAAAAAUCCGGGGAAACUAAACUGACUUGCCUGUUGACUGUUUUCAAAGUCAGUACAUUUUACCUCCACCAAUCACAGUGCUUCAUUUAUCACCUGCCAGUUACAUCAUAAAUUCAGCCACACAAUAUUUAAUUCAGUUACAUGUUCUCGGUGGUCGAAGGUUGUUAAGGUGACGUCACGGUCGACGCGGUAGUCUUGCAGUGGUUAGGCGGUGGAUAAAAAUCAGCGACAUGAGGAUGCUGACGUAGCGCCAGCCAGCUUGUUGACACUGAUGGUUCGUUGCCGUAUGUGUGUGUGUUUUCUGUAAAGUUCCUGUUCCUGUCGGGCAGCCAUCCAUCAGGUCCUGCCGCCAUCCUCUUGGGAAAGAAAACAUGGACAAACAUCACAAAACCAUAAAGGCAUUAAGGUUAUGGUUAAUUAAACAAGUCGGUGAUGAUUAGCGAGUUUGUCCGAGUAUUCGGUCCCCUGUCCUUUUGUCUUCCCUCUUCCCGUUUUGUAGUUGUUUGGUUGUACAAAAAGACGACGUUGAGGAUCGGGAGUCUGCCCCUUCCCUUCCAUCCUGUUGUGCGUAAUAAUGAUAAUAAUACUGAUAAAAAAGGCAUGCAAAAGCGUUGUGGAGUUUGCAUGAUGGUGUUUUUUGUACCCCACCCCCAACCUGCCCUCCAUGUGGUGCACUUUACCGCUCAUCGGACUUGUCUUUGGUUAGCACGUUAGCUAACUACUUUACUUUUGUUUUUUGUUUUUUCAAGUUAAACAUGUUGGCAUUAGCUGUCAACACGUGCUUUGUUUGUAACAUUUUGGAACAGUAACUGGAUUUUUAAGGUGUUUUGUUCAAGGAGCAGGUUGAUAUUUAAAUGUGAACCUGUGAAAGGCAAAAUUUUCAAACACGCUGCCGUCGACUUCAGCCAUUCUGCUUCCCCCCCAGCCCACGACAUCGACCUCCCACUAGGUUACGCACCACUGUUAUCAACUGUUCUCUGUGCUCGUUUGCUUCCACGGUUGCAUUUCUGUUGUGUUUUGGUGGAGGAAUCGUCCCCACAAACGUUAAUUAUUGGUAUGAUAACUUCGACCUGUGGGCUAACCUCCAGUUGUCCCUCCACCCGGCCUUGUGUGUGUGCAGCAUGCCUCCCUUCCUCUUCAGUCAAACAAGAUUGGUGCAUAAAUGUGUGAAUGUGUGUGUGUAUGUUUGUGUUGGAGCAGCACAAGUUUGUUUUGAUGUGCGAAGCAUCCGAACGCAGGUCCAUGGGUUGCAGCCGUUUAAUGAAUUUUGAACUUUGUUUUUUGAAAAUUGUGACAGAUGGGGAAAAGAUAUCAGACAUAUUUAUGGACGACAUGAUCACUGUUAUUGUUAUUAUAUUUAUUAAAAUUCAAACCAAAGUGUUUUUUGCCCUUCCCUCAUGUGUUCUCAAAAUGUUCGCCGCUAAUAUCAAAGAGCACAACGCGAGUCAAGUUUACACUGAGAUGUUCGUCACAAAUGGUGAAAAGAUACGUUAUUAAAAAAACAAUAAAUGCUACUGUUACUGUAAAAACAAAAGCCCAGCCCCCCUGCCCACCACCAGCCCUCACUGCAUGUUGGUCUGUCCGCCAAUCAAACCGUCAAAGCUAUCCAAUAGUUACUCCAUACCCCCUUUCCUUUUCACCUGUAGAUGUUACUUUGUGGUCUUAUUAGUGGAAAAAUAUGACGCAUAAUCAUCUGUGAAAAAAUUAGCAUAUGUACCCUUCUCCUCCACUUGAGGCAUAUACGGAGACAACGGUGGUGCUUUCUUAUACUAUUUAUUAAUUGCUGUUAUUCUUGUUAUUUUGGUGGCAUUUUCUGUACAUCUUGUUUAGCAGUCUCUGUGUUCACACUACAGGAUCAGUGCUUCCCCGCAGGUUUUAAGGUUUUGCUAGCUAGUCAGCCACUAAGUAAGUUGUUUAAUGGCUGACGGGUCAAAGCCAACCAACCGAUCCGCUUGUCUUGCAGCUCCUCGCCACAGUCUGACAAUAAUUUUCACAAAAACAACGGUCAGGUAAAUUACGAUGAAGCAGUGCUAGCUAACAGUGCGUCGUUGUAAUUGUCCUCAUCGGGAUCAUCGUGACUGCUGUGGCACUACUCCAUUACUGUUUGCUGCUUGACUCGUUACCUUGACUGCACUCUGCUCUGUCCGCACAACCAUACAGUGACAAAAAAGUUCAAUUUGGAGAUUCAUAGAAAAGAUUGCUGGAUACCAAGUGUAACAGUUAUGCCUUUAUUAACAUUAGCAUUUUUUUAAAUUUAACUCUCCAAACUUCAGACCUUGUCUCUAGCAAGCAAAUGUUAGUUAAUUAACGUUAACUUUAUAAGAUAAGGAGGUUUGAAGCCUGAUAAUCAGACUUAAUUUUUGUUUUCAGCUCAUUAUUCUGACUCAUGUUCAUGCUAGUUUUUCUAUGGGGGGGUGUUAUUUUGCCCUAACUACAGUAUCAAGUUGCAUAUCUGUCCAGGCAGCUGCAUUAGCAGUUUCCAGGAACAGUUAGCUUGUCAUUUGGUCAAAGAAUUUCGAUUGUUGAUUGAAGAGUUGUUUUUGCUGUAAAUGGUCUUACAACAACCGUUUUCGCUUCGAAGUCACUGUUGAGCAUGUGCAGUAGAGUUAAUGGGUCUUUUACUGCGACUGGGGAAAAUUAGGGACUAACAAACAUCAUCAUCUAGAUUCCAGUGCUUGCUUGCUAGCUAGCUAGCUCCCAUAAACCUACAGGGAGCAUUUUCCUGUGUGUGAGAAAGGACUGCAGCCUUGUCAACUGAAGUCACAUAUAUAGGGAAGAAUAUAUAUAUAAAUCUUACCCCAACAUACUGCAUUUCUAUAACUGUAUGUAUGUGGCUCUGUAGCCAUUACUGCUUCUGUUGGCUGUGUACAGUUUUUGUCAGAGCGGGGUACAGAAAGCAGGAAAAAAUCAUCCGGAGAGAGUUUGGGUGCGACACCAAGACUCCAAAGAUUGACUUACCGUUAGCCGUUAGCCGUUAGCCUGUGUGUGGCGUAUUGUUUCACACACGGUUUGAAAAAUGACUUGUAGUUCUUUGUGGUUUGAGGUUAUUUUAAACACACAAAGGUGUGUGUAGGCACAAUACGCUCUGCAGUUAUUUCUGCAAAUUCAUUUUUCAGUGUCAACCAGCAGCACAACGUCUGCAGACAGGUGUCUGUCUUCCAAGUUUGUACUCAACAGACACCAGGUUCAAAGACUCUGACGAUUCAUAUUAAUCGUGCUUUUUUUGUUCCUCCGUUGUCGGACGAUUAAACUCUUCUCUACGAUGAUUUUUGUCUUCCUGAAACAAUUUUCAAAAACCAAAACCUGUUCAGUGCCCUGCUCUGGAUGUUGCUGAAAUGAAAAUGUUUGUUUGUUGUGGCUUCAAUCUGCUCUUGUCAGCAGUAGCGGCUGCGAUUUGAUAUUAAUUGUGGUUUCAGAUUUUUUAUGUGAAGCUCCACCCAUAUGUCUUUCUGCUCUCUUCAUCGUACGAGACAGUAUUUCAGUUUGUAUCAGUGUUUGUUUCCCUAGUGGGAGGGUGGGAGGAGUCAGGGGAGGGGCCAUGAAGACACACCACGCCCACAUGGUCUCUGCCAUAGCAAGUAGGAAAGACACUUAAAUAACAUUAUUAUCAUUAUUAUUGUUAUUGUUAUUGUUAUUAUUACCAUAAAUGACAAUUAAAAAUGCAGUAAAACAUUUGCAAAAACCCAGAAGAAGAACGAACGGCUUCACACAAAGUGAUCAAACAAACAUUAAAAAGGGAGGUUAUGACGGUUCUAUAAUAGCAAUGAUUUAAAGAAGUACAAAAGGAGUUAUGUUAUCAUAAAUAAUAGUAGUAAUAUUGAAUAUUGAAUGCUCGCAAUUUUGUCAAACUGAAACUGGAUUCUUUGUGUUAUGUAAUUAUUGUAAAUAACUUCAAAGAGAGAAAAAAUGACUUGCAUGUCUAUGUAUAAAUCUACUGAGAUAUCUAUUCCCGUCAAAGUUGACAAGUAGUUCGAUCUCUGUCCUUUUUUGCCACUUUUGCUUACCCUCAAUCAUCACCCGUCCUCACCUCCGCCCCUCCGCCCUCGCAUCUCGACAGUCCUUUUAUUCUUUCUAUGCGGGUGAGAGACGACAACAGAGAGAGAGAGAAACAUAGCUUCCAGCGUCCUCGUCCGCCAUGCUCAGUUCAGACGCUGUGUUUACACCAGCCUGCUGAAAUCAUAUUCACACGUGUAGAAAGAAAAUGUAUAAUAAUGUUUAUCGUAGUAGUACACCCACUGAGAUGCAGUGUUGUACCUUUUUUUUUGGUCUCUUCAUUUCUGUCUCAAACAAGGACAAAUCUUUUUAAGACGGAAAUGAAAAGAUCUCGUGUGUCAGCGGGUAUUCGACAAAUGUUUGCCUUUGUGGUGUAAACACAGCCACAACCACACCUCGGUCCAUCACCCCAGUUCCAGAGGCGCCACCCACUGGCUCCUCUGAUGAAAGUGCUUCCCUCCAUAUUAGGAAAAUUAACCCCGCCUCCAGGGCUUUCCAGGCCACGCCCCCAGUUCACUUCGGAAGCCCUGUUAGCGAGUUUCCGAACUCUCUCUCUCUCUGUCUGACCCUACGUCUCUCAACCACAGCUAGCUAGCCAAACUACAUACCUAAACUCGGUCUCUUUACCUGCCUGUUUCCCCAGAGUGUAGCCUACACUAAAAAUAUAGAUUUGCCCUGCCAGUUAGCAGCCAGAUCCUGAGAUGCAAGUCUGUGCUAACAUCCACCUGCUAGACUGCUAACAGUUUGAUUGGCAUAGGCAGCUCUAAGAUGGCGCCAAAUUUGAAUAUCGGUGACAAAGAAGUGUCACAGUGCCAUGUUGCUUAUACCCAUCGAGCCUGUCAGAUAAAAAGUAUCCCACCAUUAAGAUUCAGUGUGUAAACUGAGUUCUGCAAGAAGUUGCUUUUAGAAGCUAAAGGCUUCGCACAUCCACCAGCUGGUGCAAAGCCUUCGUCUUUGUCUGUAAUUAACGUAAGAUGUUUCUAACUGAGCUUCUCCUUGGUCUUCAUGUAACCAAACAGCAACCAAGCCACAAUCUGACCCUGUCGGCCAUCUGUGUACAGUUUCCUGAAAGCAUUUUAGGCUAACAUGAUCCUAGUUCCAUUGUAAGUCUAUGGACCAAGAUUGUUAGCCUUAAAAUGCUUUUGGAAGAUGGGGCAGUUUUAAAAUCACACCAUGUGUUUCUGCGUUCACUCAGCUCUCCUGACGUACCUCAAAAUGCCACCACAGUCUUCCUUCUACGUUCCAUCGUUUAAUCCUCAUCAGGUUCCUGGAGAAGGUCUUAGCUUCUGUUUCUCAAAGGUGUCGAGGCGCAAGAGAUCGCUCGAAGGUCAUACAGAAAACUGGAUCUCAAAGUCUUUGUGACAAACAGAUUUAAGCUACUUGUGGAUCUCUGAAAAGGAAACAAUCUUAUGGUUUUACUUUAUGGUCAGACUCCCAAAAGUAGCUCCGGUUUGUGCCGAGGAAAUUUAAUACAUUAUUCUGAAUGUAGUCCGAUUGCAGCUUUACGCCUUCGACGGGUUUGAGGAACACGGUCCUCCCAGAGUCGCCACCUAAUUUCGGGCCCAGUCUCUAGCCUCACACAGGCCUACCGUAACAAAGCGUGCAAUAUACAGAGAAACAAGGGCUUUCUUUAUCAUGCAGAGGCGUUCAGGCCCGACCGAUACGCUCAGACCUCCUGCAGGAACUCCUUUAACAAAAUCCCCCAUUUUAGACGCCAUGAACAGGGAACCUUCUGGAGCGUCCUUAAGACUCAAGAAGAAGUGAAACCCCUACGUUUUUUUAGUGCAGAUGGACAAAUAAAGAAAGCAGCUAUCUCGGGGGAAAUGGCAGGCGAGAGAUGGAGACAUGAGGUCAGAAAAAAUAUUUCAAAAAUUUAAAAAACAACUAAACAAAAAGAGGACAGGGCCAUCGCUCUUUAGACGCAACUUUGACCGGAAAUGCAACUUGUGUCCCGUUUUUUUUGUGUGUGUGUAUGUGUGCGUAGCGUAAUGUAAAAGCGAUCUGUCCCCCCCUCCCUCCCCUCUCAGCCCUCCCCCUCUAAAAAAAACAAACCCCAUCCCCACCCGACCCCCCCACCCUCACCUUCAACCCUGUCUCCCCCCUCCUCCCCCUCUCUCGUACUGCUGUUGGCUGUUCUGUUUAGUUCAUGUGACGUGCCAGUAUUCCCCCUCCCGCCUACUUUACCCAUUUUCCUCCCCCCUCUCCCCACUAUCUCCCCCUUCUCUCUCUCUUGCUCUCUCUCUCUCCUCCUCCCCCCUCUUUCUCUCUCUCUCUCUUCAUGGAUCUUUAAGAUGACAACUCUAUGCAGAUGCUGUCUUUUAUAAGUGUGUCAAAAUUUUAAUUUAAAAUAAAAACUUAAAAAAAAAACAAACCCUGACAGACAUAUUGAAAUGAUAACAAAAAAUGAAUAAAGAAAAGGAUUGUUCAGUGUA